GUCUUCUGUACGGGAUGUAAAGCCCCGUCUCUCGGUCCGAACAUUUAACUCACAUCGCUUGCGUUGCUGUUUUGGAAGCAUGAGGACCUUUAUCUUCCAUAUUAGCGAGAAACCAUUUUCAAAAAACAAAACGUUCAAUUGAUACACACCUUUUUAUAAGGUUAGGUUUCCUACAUGACCAUAUCUCCAUGCUGCAGCCCGUGUUUAUGGAAGACAGAUGGACUACGUGUGCUUAGGAAUUAGCUAUCUAACAUGCUCCAAACACCUGUGUGUACCUGAAGGCCGCCAGAAAGUGUUGUCCAUGAAAAGGUGUCAACUGCAACUGUGAUAAAGCCUGUUAAGUGUCCAGUAAGUGUAUUUUGAUUAGUGUAUAUGAUUGAUGUGAUACAAGUAAAACGCUUUGUUUCUAGAACCAUGUCGCAAUUGAGAAUCGAUUCACAUUAGAUAGCUUAUGUGCAGUACUAGCCCCACAAUGGACUAAAGGAGCCUAACGUUACUCCUUAUGAUCCAAUGACCUUACAUCAUGUUUAAAGGUGAAUUGGCUCUGGAAACCAAAACAGUCAAAUACGCCAUCUAAACAUGAAUCGAUUGGUUCUCAAUUGCGGUAGUGUUCUAGAAACAUAAUUCCAUUUACGUUCAUAUCACAUCAACAUAAUUUCACAAAUGCAAAAUAAACAUACUGUACACUGUUAACAGUUGCGGCCAAAUAUAUUUUUCAGUGACAACACGUUUUUUUGGCAUAGCUCUUAAAGUUUACACACAUGUAGGUGUUAGGAGACGCAGAUAGGUAAUAAGUACAGGUAGUGUAUAUUUAAGCAAGAAGGCACUGAGGUUGUGGUAUAUGGCCAAUGUACCACUGCUAAGGACUGUUCUUAUGCAAGAUACAUCAAGGUGAGGUCUGAUUUAACACGGCUGUCGGCCAAUCGGCAUUCAGGGCUCGAACCACCUAAUUUAUAAUUUCGUUAACCCACAAUCCAUUAUGUUGACCAGAUACUCUAGUUGUCGCUCUAACAAUGAAAAGAAACGUCUUCAAAAAGGAAAGGCAGUCGGUAGGGGGACAAGAUCAGGUGGUACCAUUCUAGCCGAUGAGAGGGCAGAUAUGCGUGUGAACAAAAGGUACAACUUUUUCCACUAGUUCCCACAAACACACAUUUGAAAUUGGCUAUCGUAAACACUCAUUGAAGGCUAGCUGUGUGGUUAGGUUUAAAAUUGUAGAAAUUGGCUUUGGCUGUGACUGGCUUAUGACUUUGGCUGUUGGGACCAGUGACAACUGAUAUAAAUUGGGUACCCUUUUCAGUACACUUGUAACAACCUAAUCAUUACGAACCUAAUACUCGAUCAAAACAUUUUUUGUUAACCAAAUUCAACACACUUAUUGAGCUCUAUACCAAAACUCCUUGCUUGGUGAGUGAAAAACAUGAAAAAAACACCACCUGCUGGAGAAGGGAUUUUGGCCCCAGUUGUCCCUCGCUUCUUCCUCUCUGUUUAACCUAACGUAGAACGCUUUAAAAUAUGCCUGAGCAGAGUUCCCACUUCAGCGGAAAAGGAAGCUAUGUUGAAUUAGCUGUAUCCCUGAAAAACGGAUGCACCCGGUUGUUGGCAACUCCGCUAAGGGAGGUUUUCAAUAAACACUAACAUAGAGAUAUGGCUGUGUGGGAAUUCACUAACCCUAUCAUUGAUCAGUGUGUAUCAAUGUAACCUUUUUUUAUUGAUUAUUAUUAUCAGAUAAGACACAGAAGGUCCUUAUGCUUCCGAAACCGUAACGCAAGUGAUGCGUGUUAAUGUUCAGACCGAGCGGUGGGCUCUCGACAAAACUCCCCCGUACAGAAGACGCCUUCGUCCAAUGACUCUUAUGUGUAAUGGAACUGAGAGUCAUGAUCAAGGGCUAGUACAGUACAUGAUUUACUAGCUACAAAGAGGUUUUUAGUUGUAAGAUAACCUUGCUGCUUGCUUACAACAGCGUUCUUGAGUCGUUCCUAUUCCCCUAAAGCAGUGGUUCCAAAACGUUUUAUAGCCCGUACCCCUUCAAACAUUCAACCUCCAGCUGCGUACCCCCCUCUAGCACCAGGAUUUGUGACAAUGCUGUGUCUGAAGAUGACCAUGAACGUGAGACCUGGCUCACUGUGGAUGUUACAUCAAAUCAGCCACCUGUCACCCAAACCUCCCAUUCGAAGCAUCUCCCACGCUCCCUUUACCUGUGACCACCACAAAACAUACCGCAGCCACGUCCCUCUUCGGGUGGCCACAUUACCACGCCUCCGUCUUAGUCUGCCUCUCAAAUCAACUUUAUGCUUUCAGCCAUGUAGACCAGCAUCGACAACCAGCGGUACAGGCUGGUAUGAGAGCCUAGCAGACUCUACCCCUGUCCAUCUGACUGAGCAGCUACUGAUCUCUGUCCAUCAGACCACAGGUCUACCAUGGUGGGCCAGUCUCGUAUGCACCACUGUGGCCCUGAGGACAGUUGUCACACUGCCACUUGGAGCCUACCAGGCGGUCAUCAUAGCAAAGGUUGAAGCCCUGCAAGUGGAAAUAGCGGAGCUGGCUAAGAGGCUGCGCUACGAGAUCUCGGUGCAGGCCAAAGAGAAGGGCUGGACGGAAAAACACUGCCGAUACCAAUUCAAGAAGAACCUGAAGAGGAUAGUGUCUGAGCUGUACGUGAGGGAUAACUGCCACCCCUUCAAGGCCAGUCUGCUGGUAUGGGUGCAGCUGCCCAUGUGGGUAUGCCUCUCCCUGGCCCUGCGUAACCUGAGCCUGGGGGUGUCUGAUGCUGCCACUGCGUUGCAGGCAGAGCUGGCAGUAGGGGGAACUCUAUGGUUCUCCGACCUGACAUUGCCUGACUCUACCUGGAUCAUGCCCGUCUCUCUGGGCCUCAUCAACCUGCUCAUCACAGAGGUAUUUGCUCUGCGGAGGAUGGAAGCGUCCAAGUUCCAGAAGUAUGUGACCAACUUUAUCAGAGGGAUCUCUCUGCUGAUGAUACCCAUAGCUGCCACCGUGCCCUCCUCCAUGGCUCUGUACUGGCUAAGCUCCAGUUGUGUGGGACUGGGCCACAACCUGCUCCUGCGCUCGCCUCGCUUCCGGAGGCUGUGCCGCAUCCCCCCCACGCGCUCCGACUCGGACACGCCUUACAGGGACAUCGCUUCUUCCUUUGUCUCCAAAUACAUCAAGUGAAAGAGGUUUUUCCAUCUGAUAGUAGGGAAAGAGACUGUAGCCCCCAAUCAUGUCAAUGCCAUAGCCCCUUCCCCUGAUUCAGUCAAUCUUCACGAUGAGUUGAAGAAUUACGUGUGUUAGCGCUGGGUUGGAACAAACACCUGCACUGUACACCAUGUAUCUCUCCAGGACCAGGGUUGGCGACCACUCAACUAAGAUCUGGAGUGGACCACAGUCCAUCAGAGAAUCAGACCUUGUGGACAUGGAGUAUCCAACACGUCCAUGUCUGACAACCCAAGUCAGUGUCAAGAUCUGUUUGUGACUGGUACUGUAGCAUGUACAUGCAGGUUUACUUUGAAAGGUAGCCACUCCCUGUUCUACCCAGGAUAACUUGGUGUUGUGAUUGAAGACUAACUGGCAAAUGACAUGGAAGAAAUGUACGUAUUUAAGAUGAGGACCACAGUCAUGGAUGAUCAAUGGAUACUACAUUUGUACUUUGAACUUCCAGUGUGAAUUGCAUGAAAGGUUUGUUAUUUUGUGAAUUUUAUUGUGAUCCAGAAAUUGAUGACAUCAGAUGUGCUCAAAGUUGAAGUAAUUGAGUGAAGUUACAUCAGUAAAAUAAAACAUUUAGAAUUAACUGUG